GUUAUUAAGAUGGGGUCGAGUGACAUGCCAGCCGUCAACAGGUACCACCAGUCGGUGACGUUCGAGCGCAUUAGGCGCUUACUGAGCGACUUGCCAACUCAGCUGCCGUACCGUACGUCAUGGGGCCCCCCCGACAUGGGGCGCCUGACAGCUGCCGUCAUCGGCGGCAUGCUGCCACCAGGAACGCUCGUCCUGAAUCACGUAGACAAGAUGGGCACCAGGCCCCGAGUCGGCAUCGUGCUGUGCGGCUACAAGCAGUGGGGGAAGUCGGGUUUUGCAGUGCCCGUGCUAUGCAUGUGCGACAGCUGUUCGCAAACCAGCGACAUCACCAAGCGGAUCUUUGACCUGCAGUCCAGCUUCCACAGGCACGCAGGCCAAACGUGCCUGGACUGCAUGCGUUUCAACACUAACGCGCUGCUGCAUCUUCCCAUGGACGGCGCGCCCAGCGACUCCGAUGCGGCCUACAACAACGACAUCGACUCCCCCAGUGCAGCGGGCUACACCGGAAUGGUGCUCGUCUCGAUUCCCCGCCUUCUGGCCGCAUGGGCCAAGGUUGGCGGUCGAUCCCUGAGGCGAUUCCCGAAGCAGCUUUUCGAGGCGAAGUCGCCCGGCCAGAAUUGGCUGCUCCCGUCGGACCCGGAACGUCUCAGCCGGUUCCAGUACGCAGACGAACUCAUCAGCGAGUGGUCGAAGAAUAAGCUGCAGGCCACGCCGUCCGGUGCCAUUAAGAACGAGUUUGACACGCGCCUUAACCGGUUGCCGCCCGUUGAUAAUGCGGCAGCGGAAAAGGACGCCGAGGAGGCUCACCGCGCGUCUUGCCACACGCCGGCCAUGUUUCGGUACGAGCUCUACAAGCGACAAGAGGCGAAGGAAGCACGAGCUGGCCUGGAGGGUGCUGCCGUGCACCAACCGGGCACCGGGAAGUCUGGGUAAGUCUGGUUAGGAGUAAAGGAGGUUUGCUCAUAAGAGGUAGAUGGUCAUAGGAUACAUGUAAUGCAGGAAUCGGUUACAUGGGGCGGCAGGUAGAUGACGCAUUGUAAAUGUCAUUUCGGGCAACACCGCUGAUUUGUGCGGAUUACGGCAGGG